AUCCACGGGAGGAUGUUGAAGUUCCGUGUGGACAGGAGAAUCAGUCAACAUGACCCCAGUGGACCAGCUGGACCAGCAGUGAGCCCAAUCCAGCUGGAAGAGCCUACACCCGUACACUUUUAUCUACAGCACUGCGGUGUGGAUAUGAAUGGGAAGGCAAACACUGCUGCUGAGAUCCUUCAUUCCCAAAGUGCAAGUAUGGUGUCAGAUCUGUCUCCAGAAGCCCAGUCUUACACUCGGAUGGCUCGUACUCCCAGAAAGGCAGCCAUGUUUGGAAAGCGCUCCAACUCUAUGCGCAGGAAUCCCAAAGCAGAAGUUACCAAACAGGGAUGGCUGUACAAGCAGGCCAGCAGUGGAGUGAAGCAGUGGAACAAGAGGUGGUUCGUCCUUACUGACAGAUGUCUUUUUUACUACAAAGAUGAGAAGGAGGACUCGGUGUUAGGGAGUCUGCCUCUGCUCAGCUUCCGGAUCGGAGGAGUUCAAUCAUCGGACAGCAUCACCCGCAAGUUCGCCUUUAAGGUGUGGUUGGAAGACGAGGAGGAGGAGGAGUGUGAGGACGGGGAGCUGAAGGGUCCUGUGGUGUUUUGUAUGCAGGCGGAGCAUGCUGGGACCAGGACGUAUUACUUCAGCACUGACAGCCAUGAGGAGCAAGAGGAGUGGAUCAGAGCCAUGAGUGAGGCUGCAGAGGUCAACAACCAGCCGACACCGAGAACAAACGUGGACACCACAGCUGAUCUCACCAUGGUGACCAAGGCUCCAGACUCACGGACACAACAGCAUCCACACCCACGAAACCACAACGACACUGACAGCGACCUGUCCCCCCAUCCGAAGACCAACGGGGUCAACAGUCUGGAAACACCUCCUCUCUCUACCACUUGCUCUGAUCAAGAGGGGAAAACGAAUGACGGACAAGAAAGAGAAGCAGGAAGUGGAGACGGAGUGGGAGGACCCGGUCCUGACCACGCCUCUCAUCCAAAUGGUUGGAGCAGCUCCGGCCCUCCGAACACUGUGCCCCACAACAGCAACAGCAAACCGCCUCCACCCAGGAAUCACAGUGGACACCGAGCCACUCAGGGACACCCAGAGGCAGGAGUUGCUUCCUCACAAAACCACAGGGAUCAGCAGGAGAAUGUAGUGCUGAGGAGGGGCUUUGUGCCGAGGACAGCCCCAGAGAAGGUGGCCCAGCGGAAGAGCUCCAUGGCCCAGUUACAACAGUGGGUCAACCAGCGGCGAGGAAUGGCCUCUCAGGAGGACAUCAACAGCCCAUCUCGUUACUACCCAGUAAACCGUGGGGUCUUGGCUGACUACUAUGGCUACUCUGGUGGCCCCCAGUAUGUGGACGAGUACCCUCUGUACCCACCAGGGGUCCGACCAGACAGCAUCUGCUCUGUCUCUGCUGUGGGGGGAUACGACCGACGCUGGACAGUUGAGGAAAAGCGGCGCUCUCUGAGGGAUGGUUUCCAUUCCCUGUAUGCACCACAGGUUCCCCAUGACCCCUGGGGGUCACAAUAUUAUGGUGGGAUGGAAACGUCCAUGCGGCGCCUGUCCAUCCAGCCACGCUCCAGGUCUGUGCCCAGGUCACCGUCCUCGUCAUCGGGGGGGCCCUACUCACCAGUACCACCCAACUUUGCCUCGCCGGCUCGAUCACCAUCAGCCCGCUUUGACCGGUUUCCAGGGAGGAUGAGGGAAGAUGUGAUCUAUGCCGACCCGUCUGUCUACGGCCUGAGACGAUCCCUCAGUUCACCAAAGUAUGACUUCCCUGGUGAUAGAAGAUCCUUAAGCCAAGGAUUAUACCACCGCAACUACCCUGUAUCCCCCUCUAUCCGCAAUAGAAUGGAGGACAUAUUAGACCUUCAGCUCCAGCGCAACCUGGACUACCUAGACCAACAGGUGCCUCCUUUCCACGACGUCUACAGCAGAGAACUACAUCCUACGCUGAAACUCAAUGAGAUUGAAACCAGUAAACUCCUGGGUCGAUUGUGUGAGCAGAAUCAAAUUCUGAAAGAUCACGAGACUGUUGUCCACAGACUGAGGAAUGGAAAAGGUACAGACAGCCUGGAGGAGGCGCUGGUGGCGACUCAUCAGGAGAUGGAGCUGUACCAUAACCAGCCUAUGAUCAUAGAAAAGCUGCAGUUCAAGAAGGAAACUCAGCAGAACCAGCUCAUUAACAUCAGAGGAGAACUCUCCCAGGCCUCCAGUGCUUUAACCACCACUCGGAUGGAGUUUGAGGCAUUAGAGGAUGAGGCCAACGCCAUCCAUGGAGAUUUAUGGGAGCAGCUUAAUGCAGGAGGACAGAGUGAACUAGUCCGUAGACACAUCCAGAAGGAGUUUUGGAGAGUCCAGGAUGUCUUGGAGGGACUACACAAGAGUAACUCAUCCAGAGGCACCGACACAGCCAAGCAUAGAGUGGCCAGUGGUGCUUCAGGCUCCUUUAGCACCAAUAGCCCAGCCAGUCCCCUGAGUUCAGUAAGCCUAACCAGCCCACUCAGCCCCUUCUCCCCAGUGCCCGGCUGCCAGGCCUCCCCCAACAAACAGCUGGGCGUGGAGGAAAGUGUUCCCCCGAGGCCUCCCCUCCCCAAAUCCUAUUACCCAUUAGAGCCCUCCCCUACCUUCCCCCCCUCCAUCCCUCCCCUGCCUUUUGACAGCACUGUCUGGUUACGCAGCUUGGGCAUCGAUGAUGGUUACCUUGAUGGUGAAGAUUCUCACAUCAGAAAGUCAAUGUUUGGAGAACAGAACAAUGUGAGUGACAUGCAGGAGGCGCAGGACAAACAGUCUGCCACCAAUAAAGUUGGCAUUGUUCCUCCUCGAACCAAGUCCCCGACUGAUGACCUGCACAGGAGUUCUGCUGGAGUUUUCCAGUCGAAUGGCAGCAGGCCCAAUGGAAUCUUCAGGGAACGUCCAAAGAGUGCUGUGUUUCCUGCAGAGAUUAAGUCAAAGAUGACUGUGGAGGAACAGAACGAACGAAUCCGUCGAAACCAGAGCAGCUCUGUGAGGGACAAGAGACACAGUUUAAACCUGUCCAGUGGCCAGUCUCCAGCCAACUACAAAGUGGUCCGUAGGCGGCUGACAGCCCAUGAAAUUGACAUUAAAGACUUGGAGGCAGCGGUUCGAGGUCAGGGACAGGAGUCUCCACGGGACGAAAUAGCCCGUCUGAGACGAUCAGAGGUUGAACCGGAACACUACGACAUCAGCAAAGAGCUAAUGGCUCCUGACAAGGUUCUGAUCCCUGAGCGCUACCAGGACCUGGAGAACAACCCUCCUCUGAGCCCUGAAGAGCAGAAGGAGAAGCAGAAGAAACUAAAGCGGAUCAAGACCCUCAUUGCCAAAUCCAACUUGCAGAACAUGGUUCCUUUCCUGGACGGUCCAGUGGAGGGUGGAGCUCCAGUGAGCUCCCAGCAGCAGCUGCAGGAGCAGGAGAAGUGGAUUGAGAUCUCCUGUACUCUGGCUGCUGAGGCUUCUCGUCGUAGCCGCCUUCUCUCAGCCCAGUGUGCCUCCAGUCCCCCCGUCUCCCCGACCAGCCUGGUUCCUACCCCUUCCUCUGCUGACUUUCCCAACUCCGCCGACAUCAUGAAGGUGUGAGUCUUGCAAGUUCAAGGCCUCGCUGCUGUGAAGUUUGAUGGAGCAUCUUUCUGAGGAUUCACUGGAAAAACUGAACGAUGAAGAUGACUCAGACUUUUAGAGGCUGAACUGAUGCAACAAAAACAUUCAAAGCUGUCAAAGGAUGUUUUGAGGAGGCAAGAGCAAGUUCAAAACCCAACUGAAUGCUAUUAAGACUUGUGACUUAAUCCCCCAAACAUUUCUAUAUAAUUUAGCUCAGGACAUAUUUAGAGAUUACUGAUGAACUAUGCUGAUAGUGAGACGUUUCACACUCAUCAUGUCAAAAUGUCAGCGAACUGAGGUUUUAUGUUAAUCAGUUCACAAGGGAACUCUGCAUAUGAGAGGUCCAUGCUGAAGAUGAACAAGGGAAAGAGCAACCAAGGAAAAAUGUUUGAGAGAAUGAUGAGCAAAACUGACUGAGGUUGAAGAUUCUUUGGGCUGCUAAAGGCCUACAGAGGCUGUUCAUUAUCAUCUAGUUUUCAUAGAAGCAGUAGAAGUACCAGUUAACCACCACCAAUGGCUUGUGAAGGCCAGUGAGGAGCAGGACUUAGUGACAAGCUGUGGACAUGUGUCCAGACUGACAUAUUCUGACAAGAGUGAAGCCUCUUAUCCCAUACUCUCCUAAUAAAGUCACUGUGAUGCCUCACUGUGAUGCCUUUUUGAGGCAGAAUGCCAACCCCACAUAACCUCACACAUCCCAGACAUCUGAUUGGGUCAAACAUAAUGUCACCUGGAUCACUGCUCUGUCACAACAAACACACUGGAGCACAGACUUGUUGUGAGGGAGAGCUGAGGAUGAAUAGCGUUAUGGAAAAUGUUGCACAGCUUUUCACAACACUGCUGUGUCCAGAAUCAGAAUAUGGAAAAAAACUGUUAAUCCUCUCCCUCUCUAGUCCCUGUCUUUGAGGCUGAUUCUUGAGAUUUUGAGAGUAAUGUCCUCCCUGAUUCACCCCAAAAUAAAGUUUAAAGGAGUACACAGAUGUGGACUUGUCAAUAUCUGUUUCCUCAUAAAGUGCAGCUGUUGAAACUAUUCUUUGUACGUCGACAACAGGCAUUUUUAUACUUUCUGUCUGUUGUCAGUAGGGUCUUUGGCCAGGGAGGUUAGAAAUAGUUUAACUUGCCACAAAAUCCAGUGGAAUUGGCUGUUCUUGGAAAUAAUGACUUUGCUUUGUGCUGCGUUGGCUUUUUCAGUGACUGUCUACACAUACUGUAUAUAAGUAAUGUAUGUUGGGUAUGAGGGAAGUGAGAAUAGAAGUGACCUUAGAAGACCAGGUAGUUAAUGAUGCAGCCAUUUGUGAGGAAUUAUUUACUGGAAAAUACUGUACUGUGUAUCCCCACAACAUUUCAUUCCAUCCAAUCAUGCAGUGCCAUAAGCCUGAAACAUGUGUUAUACACAUUAUGCUGAAUAAAAAUACUUUGUAAUAUUUGGUCAUGUGAAAAUAUACCCCAUUAUGGAAAUUGUUGUCUUUUUUGACGUAUGUGGGCGAGCAAAGAUUUGAUCCUCUACAAUGCAGUGCCUACACAGCACAAAGAAAAUGUGUUUCUCCAGCUGUUAAUUCAGAUUUGCUUUUCCAAUCGUUAUUCAACAAAGAUAUCAAAGAUGUCAUAUUUUUCUGAGGAGAAAGUAAGCAGGGCCUCAGACAGGAUCCCCCUUUAGCAGAAACACCUUGUUGUAGGUGUUUAGUCAGUCUUUGACAUGGACUCGCUGAAAUGUCUGACAACUCUUGCAUGCAAAAUUCCUCCAUUUGCAAGAUGUUUGAUAAUUUUCUUGCAUGUGUUGGUUCACCCACAGCAUUUCAAAGGGACUCACGUUUGGGCUUUGACUGGAUCAUUCCAUUAUCCUCCAUUGUUUUCAGUUUGUUUUUUUUAGCCAUUCUUUGGUGGGUUUGCUCAAGUGCUUCGGAUCAUUGUUCCGUUGAGACAUGCUGAGACAUGCUUCAAUUUCCUAAUUUACAAUAUGAGGAUUUGCUUUUUCUUAAAGGAGGUGUAUGGAGAUAUGGAUACCUAUUCAUCCACCAAUCCAUCCAUCCAUCUAUCCAUCCAUCUAUAGUCCUAUCUAUCCAUCCAUCCAUCUAUGCAUCUAUCCAUUAUCUGUCUGUCUGUGCUUAUCGAGCUUCUUUUGUCCUUCCACUCUUCAAUGUUCCAAUGGCCUGCCUUUGUAAAGAGUAUGUUGAUACCACAUUCUGAGACCAUAUGUGACAGAAAACUGAGUUUUAUGCAGAAAGCAGUCCACAGCUCUCACAACGCAAAAACAAAACAACAAUAUAAGAUAAUACUUCUAUUUUUUCUUGAUUUAUUUUUAUUUAUUUUUAGAGAGAACAAGCGUUCAACAGAGGUGGUGCAUAUUUUUUUAGAUGCAUGGAUAUACAGUGUCAUGUUGAGAGGUUCAAUUUUUACACUCAAUUACACAAUGUUUUGCAUUUUUCACAAGCAAGACACUUUUAUUGCUGUAGAGGAUCGCUUGAAGGAGCAGAACAUAGAUAUUUUUGAAUUAAUUGGAAUCUGAUGUGUUGUGAAACGACAGCCAAAAGGUGGUGUCCAAUAUUUGAUACUAGAUGUAGCAUUUGUAAAUGAUAAAAAUAAAGAGUAUAUACAUUAUAUACAUUGCUCAAUGUAUAUAACAUUUUGGAUUUCAGAAACAGUAUAUCCUGCUAUCACAUAACUAUUGCUACUUUGGGGAAAAGAGACAAACUGCUUGAACUAUGCAAAUGAAUAAAAUUAGACAAAUAAAUUGCUUGCUUUCAGAAAACUUUGCAAUAAAGUGAAUGUAUACACAUAAUGUGUUUCUCUAGAUGCUUAUGAAUUCAUCACAGUAUUUUGUAUGAUAAAACAUGUCUCACUGUCUGGAAUGAUAAUAUAUUUACUGUUGUUAUUUUAAUCCACUUGUUGAUGAAGUUCACUGCCAAAAACACUACUGAGGUUAACUGUCUGGCGUGCUUGUUACUGAUAGGCUCCCUGAGGAUAUUCUACUGUCUUUGUUUUAUAAAACUGUAUGUCUGAAUGAAUAAAGUGUAAAAGCAA